AUGUCUAGACUCCAGAUGCUUACCACUCGAUUUGAGAACUUGGCAAUGACAGAAGAUGAGACAAUUUCUGAAUAUCACAUGCAUGUUCGUGAUCAGUCAAAUACUUCAUUUGCUCUAGGAGAACCCAUGUCAGAUGAAAAGCUUACGUAUGAAUUGAAAGUGGGUGAGAAACCAGAGAAGAAGACCAAAAGUAUUGCCUUUGUAUCCAACACUGCUGAAGGAGAUGAUGCUGACAGUGAAAGUGAGAAUUUAUCAGAAUCCUUGGCUCUUCUUGCUAGAAAAUUCAAUAGAGCUCUAAGGAAGAUAGACAGAAGAAAUAAGCCUAAUGUCCAGGACAUUAAGUCAGACAACUCCAAAUCCUUCAAUUCCCAGCGAAAGGCCAAAGAGGAAGACAAAUCAGACCAAGGAGCUGUUAAUGACUCAGAUUCCAGUGGGGAUGAGAUGACAUAUGAAGAGCUAGAGGAGACAUACAGGUUGUUGCACAUCAAAUGGAAAGAAAAUUGCAAGAGGUUGAAGGAGCAAGGGGAUGAGGUAGAACUACUCAAGACUGAAAAUGAAAACCUGAGGGGAACUAUUGAUAAAUUAGAGGAUGAUCUUGAGGAUUGGAAUACAAAACUGAAAGAUGUUGAAACUGUAGAAAAGGCCAAACUUCUCCUAACAAUUGUUGAGCUUCAAGAAAAGGUGUCCAAUCUGAUAGGAAAACUUGAAACAACAUAUAAAUCAGUGCGUAUGCUGAACAGUGGAUCCAACAUGCUAGAAGAGAUCUUGGAAGAAACUAGCAAGCAAGGAAGAAGUGUGAAAGACAUUGGUUUCAGUUACAAGUAUGAGAAUAAAGGAAAUCAGAAAGCAUCAAAGAAGUUUAUUCAGAAGGUCCUCAAAUCAUCCCAGAAGGCUUGGAUACCCAAAGGUGAAGUCUCUUGCCUCAUAGCCCACACAUCUUUCAGAGUUUCAUCAAGUGAAGACUGGUAUUUUGAUAGUGGUUUCUCAAAACACAUGACUGGAAACAAGGAGUAUCUGGAAAAUCUUAAAGAAUACUCCAGUAUAUCUGUUACCUUUGGAGAUGGUGCUAAAGGAAAAAUCAAAUGCAUUGGAAAGCUGGUAAACUCUGGAUCUCCAGAUCUGAAUAAUGUUCUACUAGUCAAGGGAUUGGCUACAAACCUAAUCAUUAUAAGUCAAUUGUGUGAUCAAGAUCUAAAUGUGUUGUUUAGCAAGACAGAAUGUAUGGUUACUACUAGUAAUCAUAAGGUUGUGAUGAGAGGUGUCAGGUCUAAAGACAAUUGCUACAUGUGGGUUCCACAAGAGAAAGCACAGGUGUCUAGAUGCUUGAUAUCAAAGGUGGAUGAAUUGAAUCUAUGA